AUGGCAUGCAAGAGGAGCUGCCUAAUGGAAGUAUACAAAUUUCUUCUCUUUGUGACUUUAUUUCUGCCACGUGAAAUGACGAGCUCUGUUUUAACGGUGAACGGUGAAACUGAGAACUAUAUCCUGCACACUAAGCCUGAUUCCCACGAGUCUCUGACAUGUGCUGUUCAAAAUCACACCAGAGAGGAAGAACUUCUCUGGUACCGAGAAGAGGGAAGAGUGGAUUUGAAAUCUGGAAACAAAAUCAACUCCAGCUCCGUCUGUGUCUCUCCCAUCAGUGAAAACGACAAUGGAGUCACGUUUACCUGCAGGCUGCAGAGUGAUCAGUCGAUGUUCAUCUCAGUGGUGCUGAAUGUCACUUUUCCUCCUCGCUUAAGCGGAGAUGACUUCCAAACAGCUGAGGAAGGGAGUGAUGUGCAGUUGGUUUGCAAUGUGAAAUCCAACCCCCAGGCUCAAAUGAUGUGGUACAAAAACAACGGCAGCCUGGAUUUAGAGAAAAACCGUCACCAAGUCUACCAGACAAGCGAGACUUUUCAGCUGUCAAUCACCAAAGUCAAGAAAUCUGACAAUGGGACCUAUAGCUGCAUUGCAAGUUCACCUCUGCAAACAGAGACUAAGGACUUUCACCUGAUUGUUAAAGCUAAAGGGUGGACCAUACCAAUAGAACCCAUUAUUGCUGCAUGUGUUGUCAUCUUUCUGACGUUGUGCUUUGGACUGAUGGCUAGAAGAAAAAGAAUAAUGGAGCUCUGCAUGAAGGAUCAAGAACCCCAGAGUGGAACUCCUCUGUAA